AUGGGGUUCAGAGCUCUCUGUCUGGGGCUGUGUUGUGUUCUCCUCGCCUCUCAUAUUUAUAUCAAUGUUCCAGGCAAUGUUGAAGAAUACUGGAAGGUAAUGGCCUUAGAAAUGGGUGUGAAAACUUUUAAAUUUAUGGGUACGUGCCUUGAAAACAUAGGUAUUAUGACACUUGAAGAGUUUAUUUCCGUGAUACUCACACUGGACUAUACACAGCCACUCUCAGAUGAGUAUGUCACAGUGACCGAUACAGCAUUUGUUGAUACUUCAGUACGUUUGUACUUGCCAAAGAGAAAGUCAGAAAUCCCAAGACCGGCUGUCAUCUAUAUUCACGGAGGUGGUUUUAGCUUUGGAAGUUUCAAGCAAAAGGCUUUUGACUCCAUGAACAGACAAACUGCAAACAAACUCAAUGCUGUUGUUGUGGGAGUGGACUAUCGACUAUCUCCUCAGCACCAUUUUCCUACUCACUUUGAAGACAGCUUCACUGCAGUCAAAUUUUUUCUUCAAGAUAAAAUUCUUUCAGAAUAUGGAGUGGAUCCCACCCGAAUCUGUAUUUCAGGAGACAGUUCUGGGGGCACUUUAGCAGCAGCAGUGGCUCUGCAGGUGCAGAAUGAUAUUGAAAUGAAACGUAAAAUCAAGCUACAAGCUUUAAUUUACCCUAGCUUACAGAUAAUUGAUUCUUAUUUGCCAGCUCACCGAGAAAAUGAGCAUGCUAUAAUUCUAUCAAGGGACAUGGGCAUAAGACUCAUGAGUUCUUAUCUCACCAAUGAUAAAACGUUUGCCCAGGCAAUGAGAAGAAACCAACAUAUGCCUCUGGAAUCAAGACACCUGUUUAAGUUUGUUAACUGGAGUAUUCUCUUACCUGAGAAGUAUAGAAAGGAUCAUGUUUAUACUGAACCAGUUCUUGGAAGAUAUAAUUAUUCACUGCCAGCACUUAUGGAUGUCAGAGCAUCACCCUUGUUAGCCAAUGAUUCUCUGCUACAGAAUUUGCCAUCCACCUAUAUUAUUACCUGUCAGCAUGAUCUCACGAGGGAUGAUGGAUUUAUGUAUGCUGCAAGACUUCAAAAUGUUGGAGUUCAAGUUACUCAUGACCAUAUUGAGAAUGGGUUCCAUGGAGCUUUAUCAUUCAUGGCGUCACCAGUGUACUUACAUCUAGGUCUCAAGAUAAGCGAUAUGUAUAUUAGUUGGCUGGAUAAGAAUUUAUAA